AUGCUAAGAUCAUUGACUUUCAAACGCUCAAUUAGUUCGAAAGUUAUAGGAAUUGACUUGGGUACCACAAAUAGUGCAGUUGCAUAUAUCAGAGAUACCUUAAAGUCAAACAAUGGGCUCUCUGCGUCAUCUGCUGUUAUUAUUGAGAAUGAUCAAGGCCAUCGCACAACACCAUCGAUAGUUUCAAUCGCCUUGGAUCCCACUACUGGCAAAGAAAAGACGUAUGUAGGGUUACAAGCUAAAAGGCAACAAAUAAUUAAUCUUGAGAAUACCUUUUUUGCUACAAAGAGACUGAUUGGGAGGAAAUUUAAUGAGAAAGAAGUUCAAAGAGAUAUCAAGAUUAUGCCUUAUAAAAUAGUCCAGGAUGAAAAAAGUGGGAAUGCAAUGGUUAUGACAACAGAUAAUAAAAGAAGAACGCCUAGUGAGAUUAGCUCGAUUAUCCUUAGGUAUUUGAAAAAUACCGCUACAGAAUAUCUCAACGAAGACGUCAAAUAUGCCGUUGUUACAGUACCGGCAUAUUUUAAUGAUGCUCAGCGUCAAGCUACCAAAGAUGCUGGAAGAAUGGCAGGCUUGAAAGUCCUGAGAGUUGUUAAUGAGCCCACAGCGGCAGCAUUAAGUUUUGGUUUGAAAAAUUCAGAACAGUAUAAAGAAAAUGGAGGACUCAUAGCAGUAUAUGAUCUUGGUGGUGGUACUUUUGACAUUUCAAUAUUAGAUAUUGAAAAUGGAAUCUUUGAGGUUAAAUCUACAAAUGGUGAUACACAUUUAGGUGGUGAAGAUUUUGAUAAUGUAAUUAUCAAUCAUCUUUUGGAUUGCUUCAUAAACGAAAAUCAAACCGUGGACAAAAAUGCCCUAGUCAAAGAUAGGAAUGUUAUGCAAAGGCUAAGAGAAGCUUCUGAAAAAAUUAAGAUAGAAUUAUCUCAUGUCAGCGAAUCAACGGUCGAAAUUCCAUUUUUUUACGAUGGCUACCAUCUGAAUGUAACCUUAAAAGAAAAGGAACUAGACGAACUGACUAUGCAUUUGAUUGAGCGAACUAUAGAGCCAGUCAAGAAAGCUAUCAGAGAUGCAGACAUCGAAACAUGUGAUAUUGACGAAGUUAUUAUGGUGGGGGGUAUGACUCGUAUGCCCAAGAUUAGAUCAGUCAUUGAGCACUUCUUUGGAAAAAAACCUAACGUAACGGUGAACCCUGAUGAGACCGUAGCGCUUGGAGCUGCAAUCCAAGGUGGUAUAUUAUCAGGUGAAAUCAAGAACGUUCUUCUAUUAGAUGUCACACCCUUAACACUAGGCAUUGAGACAUUUGGUGGAGCUUUCUCACCAUUGCUGCCCAGAAAUACAACAAUUCCGGUAAAGAAGACGGAAAUUUUCAGUACCGGUGUAGAUGGACAGACGGGUGUAGAUAUUAAGGUCUACCAGGGGGAAAGAGGCCUUGUUCGUGAUAAUAAGCUGAUUGGUGACUUCAGUUUGAAAGGCAUAACGCCCAUGCCCAAAGGACAACCACAAAUUUUGGUGACGUUCGACGUUGACGCAGAUGGCAUCAUCAACGUGUCGGCGUCAGAGAGAAGCAGCGGGAAAGAGCAAUCUAUCACCGUGAUUGCCAAUUCAGGCUUAACAGAGGAGGAGGUCAAUAAGUUGGUCGAGGAAGGUAAUGCUAAUAGAGAACAAGACAAUAUACUGAGACAACGAAUGGAUCUUAUAACAAAGGCCGACAUAAUGAUAAGUGACACUGAAAGAUCGUUCAAAAGCCUCGAGAAAAGCAUGUCUGAAGAUGAAGAAUACAAAGAACUGAAACAGGAAAUAGAGGCUAUAAGAGCUAUGAUCAAUACGUUCAAGAAGGAAAUAAACGAUACAAAACUCGACGUCAACGUCAUCAAAAAAACCACAGACGCUCUACAAAACAACGUCUUCAAAUUCUUCAAGAAGGCAAUGGCCACCAGCAGCAGCAACAAGCAGCCAUGA